CUCCAUCGUUAUCAUUAUUGUUGUUUAACCCGUUAGCCAAUUUAUAUAUUUAUUGUAGUUUGACUGUAAUUAUAAUUAUUUUUUAAACAAAAUUUUCGUUGUGGUUCUGCUUUCUCCAGCUGAGUGUAGCACAAGAAAUGGAAGGUGAAGAAAAAUCGUUUACUAUAUUAAAGUGCCCUAUAACUGUACCUGUCUCAUUAGAUGCUACUCAGAACUCGAAUCAUAGUAAAAUGACCCAAGAUGAAGUCAAAGAAGUUAAUAUGUACGCGCCAGAUAUAGGGCCAAAAUUUUAUCCAGUCAAAGGCAAUGUGGUGACAGCACCAAUAAUUACGAAGAAUCUUCCAGAAGCAUUUAGUUCCCUACCUAUUUGUGGGCGUCCUGAAUCGAAAGAUCUCUUAGAGCAGUAUCAAGAUCAGAAGAUCAGAGAUUACGUUGGAGGUGGAUUGAGUGAAGAAGAAUUUGGCAAGCUUGCCAAAUACUGCAGUCCCAAUCAUCUAAGAACUGGUAAGGAACUUACAAUGGACACAAAUGUCCCAGCAUUAGGUAUUCUGCCUCCUAAAAAAGAUGAUAAAGUUUAUGAAGAGGGUAACCAACUUAAUAUUGUCAACAAGUUUAAGUUACGUGUGGAGAAAGACAAGACAAACUUGUUUGUGAAGAAGUUGAAGUACAGGGGGAUGAGAUUGCUGCCACUUACAACUGAGGAUGAGGAUGAUGCAGAGAAAAAUGGAACCCCACUUGAACCAGGCAAAGACAUACUGUACAGAGUGCGCUUUUAUAGACCUUUUAUGUGUGGCAAAGAAAGAAAUAACUCCCGUCACUCAGUGUUCACAUGUGACGUGGUGUUGUGUGGUGAGAGCCGGCUGUCGGCGCUGCGCGAGCGCAUCGUGUGCGCCAAUGACGUGGACGUGCGCGUCGACGUCUCCGCAAACCCCACAGACUUGCCGCACACCACCGCCAAGGAAUUGUUUCCAUCGGGGUUCAUGUUCAUAAACAAUGUAUUCUACGUGGACUCACGCGAGGGCCGCGUGGACUACACGGAGCCCAUCCGCACGUGGGCGCUGCGCCGCGGUAUGGGCGACUUCCCCAAGCUGGACAUGCACCUCGUGCGCCUUCAGGACCUCGUCAUACGUCUCGGACAUCCAGAGGUGUACAUCCACCAGGGCAACUGCGAGCACCUGUUCACGUUCUCCGAGGUGCGGCUGCUGGGUCCGCGGGAGCUGGUGAUGGCGCACCAGCUGCCCCGACACACGGCAGUGCUGCAGCACCAGACCGUGUACUGCACCACCUGCGCGGAGUUCGGCGCCAAGUGGGUGGUGGUCGGAUGUCCUCGGGUGCCCUUCGAUCCCGCCUUCUUCUGUGACACCUGCUUCAUGUUGUAUCUCUACAUCGACGGCAAGAAGAUAGGACAAUUCAAGGCGUAUUCUUAUAGAGGCAACGAGAUAAAUACUUUGAAACCGCUCGGUUAA